AGGUGAAGUGAAGCGAGAGUGUUUUUGUACGUCGACGCUUCCAGGGUGGCACAGAAACAGGGACGUCUGCAGGCUCCGAUGCCUUCACAGGAACACGGACUACAUAUAUGCCUUAUGUGACAUUAUUCUCUGUCUGUGUGUGUCUUUUUGUCUCAUCCCUCUGCGUUGACAGCGCAGCUCGUCACACAUCUGUAAACCGCUGGAAUCCCCGUUUUCAGCACCUGGACAGCUCCCGGUCGUGAACCUCUGCUUCUUCUUCGCUUUCUUAUCGGGCACAUGGAGUCCCUGAUGUGAUUGUGGGGGAAGCCCUGCAAGCACAUUAUGCCUCCCUCCGAAGAUGUCGUUCUCCGCCUGAUUCAGUGACAGCCCCUCUCGUCGUCUCCGCUGAAGGAUGCUGCUUCCAGUCCGGAGGAGGUGUUUUCGUCGUGCGCUAUCCUCCGAGAGGCGAUACGGGUGCUUGGCCAACGCGGAUUUCAGGGUAAUCGCAGCCUACACACAGCAAGAUCCGAGCUUUCCUCACACCGAUCAUCACCAUCAGCAGCAGCGGCGAGGAGGGAGAUAUUACCAUCAUCAUCAUCAUCACUGCGAGGGCAAAGGAGUCACGACCACACUUUAGACAAUGUAGAGCAAGACAACGCAAGAGGUGUGGUAGGAGCCAGCUCUCUACAGUGGUGAAAUCACAUAUCACACUUGGGGUCAUUCAGCUUGGACGUCUGUUUGCAGCAACAAGACCUCGACAUGAGCAACACCCAGGCCCCUCCCCAGGCUGGAACCUCAGAGCUGGAGGUCAUUUCCCAGCAGGUAGAGGAAGAAAACCAGUGUGUGGCCCCUGUCCAGCUGGUCAGCUUUGCCUACAGAGACUUGCCUUUGGCGGCCCUGGACAUAUCCCUCGCCGGAUCCCAGCUCAUCUCUAACCCUGAUGAAGAGGACAACAGAGAGGGGUCGAACUGGCUGAAGCCGUGCUGUGGACGGAGAGCAGCUCUGUGGCAGGUCUGUCUGCUGUCGGCAGGCUUCAACUGUUUCCUGGUGGCCUGUGUCAUCCUGGUGGUGCUGCUGCUGAUGCUGGAGCUGCUCAUAGACACCAAGCUGCUGCAGUUUAAUAAUGCAUUCCAGUUUGCCAGCAUCAUCCACUGGAUCAGCCUGGCUAUUCUCUCCGUGUUCUUCACUGAGACGGUGUUCAGGAUCGUGGUGUUGGGGAUAUGGGAUUACAUAGAGAACAAAGUAGAGGUGUUUGAUGGAGCUGUCAUCGUACUCUCUCUGGCCCCCAUGGUGGCCUCCACGGUGGCCAACGGCCCCAGCAGCCCCUGGGAUGCUAUCGGCCUCAUCAUCACACUGCGCAUCUGGAGGGUCAAGAGGAUCAUUGACGCCUAUGUGCUGCAAGUGAAGGUGGAAAUGGAGCUGGAGAUCCAGCAGUAUGAGAAGGCCAAGGCAGUGAGGGAGGAACAGCUUGAUCGUCUUACCCAGAUCUGCCAAGAACAGGCGUUUGAAAUCAGGCAGCUGAGGGCCCACCUGGCCCAGCAGGACCUGGAUCUGGUAGCAGAGCGUGAGGCAGCCAUGCAGAUCCACCAUAUGUGGGGUAAACAGAGCAGCAGUUUCCAGGAGGUGGACGGACUGGCCCCUGGGGCCUCCGAGCAUCACAGGCCAGCCAAAGCCAGAGAGCCUGGGGGGCCCGCAGAUCAUCAUGGUCAAGAUGACAUGAACAACUAUAUCAGCCAGUACUACAGCGAGCCAAGCAGUGAUACAGGGAUCCCAGACCCAGCACGAGUCAUCACCACAGCAGCCAUAGACGUGCAUCUGCCCAACAACCCCAGUCAGCUCCCCUCGUCUCUGGUGAGUGCGGAUGCAGUGCCGUCCAGCCGUUUGCAGCGUACCGGCAGCUCGGUCAGCGAGGCCUCCACAACCACCGUGUCCCGCACCAGCUUCAGCGCCCGGCAGCACAGCAUCAGCAGCCACACGCUGGGCUCCAGCAUGGACUGCAGCUCCACGGUGCGCGAGGCCUCCACCUCCACAGACUACAGCGACCAACGCUGCUACCCUCCGCCCUACAGCAGCCCUCUGGCCCUGGGGACUCAGCCACGAGGGAGUCCCAGCGCCGUGGUCCAGGAGCUGCUCUCCUCUCUGUCUGAGGACUCCUGUCUCACCCAGAAGGGCCUGGACCCUGUCAACCUUAAACCACCCAGCCCGACAGGUUCCACAAAAACCAGCCCCGAGCUGGAGCACAGGGUCAACAUCUACAACAAGAGGAACCAGGAGAGUCGAGUCGGCCUCCACUCCAAGACAGUCAUCCAUCUGCAGGGUAACGAGCCUUUCCUGGAGGAGAAGUACAGGAUGAUGGGGCCGGUAGAAACUCCAGUCAACCGCCUGUCAGAGACAUAAGACUCUGCAAAACGUGGAACUUCACCAGACUUCAGAUCAGCUGCAAAAAUGAAUGCUCUACUAGGCUCCCAAGUUGUUUGGAGUCACUGGCACAUAAACUAUGUCCAUCAUCCUCUUUGUAAAGCUGGAACUGAGAGGAUGAACUUGCCAGAGCAGCACAAACAGAGGGCAUGGACGACAGACUUGUUAUCAGGCAACACUUAUCAGGAAAUGACACUCACAAAAAACACUUUUAUUUACUUUUACCAAAAGAAACCAGCAAUGGGGCUCUGGCCCGAAACUGUCAGACAGCCCUGUGUAGAAAAUUUGGCUUUUGAUAUGUUGUAGUUGGAUUUCUAUCUAGGAAGUGAGCCCUGAGAGAAGUUGGUGCUGAGGGUUUAGGUCCUCUGAUACAUUUUGUAGGAUGUGGAGAUGCUGGAAAGGUUUAUUGGACAACCAGACUGUGAAUUUUCCCUAGAAAAACGGCACGGAUUUACCAAAAGUGCGAGUGUAUGAGCUGUUUUGGUGGUCAGUUUAGUGUCUCCAAACUCACAAAGAACAGUCCUCUUUGAUGGACUGCUGCAGGGUACAUCGGAUCUGUCUCAACUUCUUUCUAAUCUUUGUCUUUCUAUAUUAAUGUUACCAUUUUUACCUAAAUUCUGUGAGUGGAAAGAGUGCAGAAUCCUUUUGACUGAUGGAUGAUUCAUGAGUUUUUAUCCAGGUGCCAUGACUGGAAGCUGACCAAACCCAGCUGAGUUUACUGAACUUUUUCAAAUUACAGCAUGACCCUCACGUAAUUAACUGAAACUCUACCUGCACAUGAUAGAUUUCAUAUCAUUCAGGUCUAAAAUAACCUUUAUAAAAACUGAUUUUAAUGUUUAGAAGUUGUGUAAAUAUUUCUGGAUGGGUUUGGUCAUCAUAUCACAGCCGAAAAUAGUGAGGGACUUGAAUAAAACGAUGAAAAGAAAAUUACAGCAUGAACCUUUGAGAUUUGCCACCAUAUUGCAAACUAACCCUGUUUAUUGUUCUGUCAACAGGCACUUUCUGUCUUGAUUAUGGAAAGACAGCACUGCAAAAUGAACCCAAUAAAGGGGAAACAUGGCAAAUUCAGGAAA